CCUUGCUGGGAGCACGGACCAUACUCCCAGACGAUCCACCCUGUGUGGCGUGUCCUGGCCUCCGGAUAUCCCACAAUGCACCGCACAACAUGCAUGAUGAAUUGGGGGAUUCCCCAGGAGACGGGUGCUCUAGGCGCCCGUCUCUGUGUCCGCUGGGGCUGAAUCCAGCCCCGGUGAACACCCGAUCCCAGAGCCCGAGUUAAGGGCUCGCUCAAGCCCUUAACCCUGACUAAGAGCUGGGUUUCAAAGCAGGGCUAGGCAGCACUGCCUCAGUGGGAUGGAUCGGGCCCAAUCCCAGCAGUUCCCACAUGCAGUGCAACCCAGGCUGGGCUUCCCUGUCCUGGGUUAGGGUUCGCGUGAGAACAGCCUUAGAGUCAAUUAAGGCCCCUAGUUUGACAUGAAAAGAAACCCAACAAGGCCACAAGAGGGGGGCUUUCUUGCCAAGGUGAUUGGCAAGGGCUGGCCUUAUCCUGAAGCAACAAGAAGCAGAGAGCCUGGGGUGGCCGUUUCUGCUGGAGGUGCCCUUUGACUGCUGCCGCAUCUCCUCUCUUGGUGUCAUUUACAGCAAAGAUGGUUCUCGCCCAGUUUAGAGCCAGGUGGUGCCAUUUUAGCGUUUCACCCCAGGCGCCAAAAUGUCUUAAGUUCACCACAGCUCCUUCUGCGUUUUCCUUCGCCGGUCGAAUCCCAACCCUGCCAGGUGCUUGUGGCCACACAGACAGAAAGCCCUUCGCCAGCUAAGUUCACCACCCCAGGAGUCAGUCACCACGUCCUCUUGGCUGCCUGAAUCUGCGCACGGCUUGUGUCAGCUCUUGCUGCCACCUGCUUCAGCGGCAACCAAGCGCGUGUGGCCGGCUGGCUCAGGCAGCAGAGGGGCCGGGAUAAGUAAGAUUUGGGCACAGUCCUUGGACGGCUCCUGGGGAAAGCUCUGCAUCCACUCUUUCCUUCCCCUCCGCCCAGUGUGGCUGCCGCACCCUGCCCCAUCCCACGAGGAGCUACAGCAGCAGCAGCAGCAGCAAGAAGCCUGUGUCAUCAAGAGGCUCCAAACUUGUCGGGCAGGUUUUUCUCUCCCUUCCCUCUGGAGGCACUUCGGCUGCAGGCAGAGCUGAUCAGCUGCAGGGGGAGAAGCGCCCCAGAGAGGAGGCCAUGGCUCUCCGUCCUGUCCUGUGCCCUGCCAGUGCGGCGUGGGGGCUCUGAGGGGCAGCUCAGGAGGGGGAGAGCAAGGACCUCUCCCCGUGCUGGUCCGAGGGAGGAGGAGAGCCACUCCAUGCUGGCUCCUGCCACUCGUCCCUCUCAGUUACAAUCGCGUCUGGGGCCGAGCCUGCUCUCUGAAUCCAUGCAGGCCUGGCGGUGGCUCGGAGGGGCCCGGAGCUCUGGGGUGGGGUGUCCAUGGCUCCUGCUGGUGGCCUCCGCCUUCCUUCUCCCAGCUCCAGGCCAGCCUCAGCAAUGCUCGUUGGCGGCCCCUGCGCUGACCCUCCAGUUUGCUGACGUGGGUGCUGACCAGCGGGUCCCUGUCCACCAUCGCCUCGCUGGAUCUAUGGAUCCCCUCUACGGCUUCGUCCAGAGUUUCCUUGACGUGGUCCAGCCAAACCCUUUCCCCACAGAGUUGUUGAGGGAUGCCCUGAAAGACCCACCAUCUGCUAAUACUUCUCAGAUCCUCCGCUACCAAACAGGAUACAUCAUCUGUGCCUCAAUUGCGCUUGUGUAUUUUGUGGCCAUGCCCCUGAUCGGCUUGGGCAUCUGCUGCUUCAGGAGAAACAGGUGCUGCACCGGGCGGAUCAAGGUGUACAGCCGCUCCCUCCUCUGUCAACGCAACCUCUUCAUGUUCUGCCUGCUUCUCAUCACCCUGGUCAUCCUGGGUGGCGUGAUCUGUGCUUUUGCUGCCAACCAGAAGGUGAGAGAAGAAAUAGAGCCUGGAACCCGAGAUGCGCUCAACACCCUGCAGGCUUUGAGGAGGCACAUGAAUGGGAUUCCCCGGGGAGUUCAGCUGACUGUGGAGGAGUUUUCAGUCCCCAAGAAACACAUUCUCAGUGACCUGCACAAUGUCAGCUGGAGCAUCGGCAGCACCAUCCAUUUCCUGCUCAAGGAGACCGUAUAUUCUGCCAUGGGCGCCAUGAAGGACAGAGUGCAAGACCUACAGAACUCACAGCAUCAUUUACAGACUGUCAAUAAGACUGUCCACACACUGACCCGGUACCAGAGUGAGCUGGAAUCAACCCUGAAAGACCGGAAACAAAGCAUCAUUUCCCUCCUGGAGGAUCCACAAUGCACCUACUGUGUUAGCGCCUUGAGCAGAGCUCGGAACUUGGAGUUGGGUGCUGACUUCCGGAAGGUGCCUUCAGUGGAAAGGGUUCUGAAGACCUUGCAUGGGCUCCCAAAGGCCAACUUCUCAGAAAUGAUUCACCAAGCCAACAGCAGUUUCAACUCUAUCCCAGAGCUAGCCGUGGUGAAGAUGGCUGAGGUCAUUCAAGACUUAAAGGAGGAAAUCGAGAAGGCCACGGAGAGGGUGCAGUCCAUUGCAGAUAGUUUCCCCAUCUUGGAUCACACCCGUCCCAUGAACGACGCUCUGGCGAGAGCAGAGAACAGCAGCCGCCCUUAUUUCAAAGCGGCCAAACAUUAUGAGAAAUACAGGUGGAUUGCAGGUGUUGUCACGUGUACCGUCGUCCUGCUGAUUGUUUCCUGCAACAUCCUGGGCCUUUUCUUCGGCACUUACGGGCUGGUCGUGCGGGAGGAUCCAAGUGAUUACGAGAGCAGAGGAGAAGCUGGAGCCAAGUUGCUCUUGACUGGCGUUGGCUUCAGUUUCCUCUUUUCCUGGCUACUGAUUCUCUUGGUCUGUGUCACAUUUUUGGUGGGCGGGAACGUCCAGACACUGAUGUGUAAGCACUGGGCCAAUCAGGAGAUCUACAAGUUCAUUGACACACCUGGCAACCUGCCUCCCUCCAUGAACAUCACCCAGCGCCUUGGCUUGAAGAAGAACCUCAACAUCACUUCCACAUAUCAGCAAUGUAAGGACGGUGCAGGCCUCUGGGAAGUUCUGCAGCUCAAAGACAACUACAGCCUCAACGACCAUCUCAACACCACCAAGUACACCAAAGAGUUCCAGAAGCGGCUUGACAGCUUUAACAUUAGCUUUGAAGACAUCACUCUCUUAAGUGCAGAAGGGAAGCGAGACCUGGAGACCUUCAGGGACAGCAGGAUUGACCGGAUAGAGUAUGCGGACUUCCCAGCAGAGAUGCGCAAUCCUGUGGUGAAGACAAAUGUUGAGGGCUUGGCGGUGGAUCUUGAGAGAUUAAGCAAAGUUCAGAGUGACAGAACUCUGGCAGCACAACUGGCAGAUGAAGCCCAAAAGCUCCGAAGGAUUCAGAAUUCUACAGUCCUUACCAUGGAAGGUCUGGUGGUGAAGCUGAAGGAAAGUGUCCAGUUCUUAUCGACGAUGGCGCCGGGAUUUCAGGCUCGAAUAAACAAUACAGAGAACCAGAUAGGCCUUGUGGAGGCUAUUCUCCCCUUACAGACUCAAAGGAUCCUGAGACAAGAAUUGGAUUGCUUUGUCAGAAAAGAGGUGGGGUACGUCUCCCAGUACUUGAGCUGGCUGAGGACUGUGUUAAUGGAGGACGUUGCUUCAUGUCAGCCUUUCUCCACUGCUCUUGACAAUGGCCGGGUGAUCUUGUGUGAUCGCAUUGCAGAUCCCUGGAAUGCCUUCUGGUUCAGCCUGGGCUGCUGUGCUUUCUUCCUCAUCCUCAGCAUCAUCUUUGCCAUCGAGACCACCAGGCACCUUCGUCCCAUCAGGCACCGAUUAAUUUCUACUGGAUCAGAGGAGACCUAUCCCUUCCACAUUCCACGUGUCACGUCUCUGAGGUUGUAGGAACUCUCUGCUCCAAGAUCACCAGGAAGCCUGCGGGGAAGUGCCCAAACCCUUUCCAAACCCAACAACCCUCCAUGGCCAACACUCCGGUGUCGCUGCCCCUGCAAGUCCUAACGCUGUUCAGGACUGAUGCUGAGCUCUUGUUGAACAACACAACAUUGCCAAAGAGGCUUCUCUCAGACUCCAGGCUUGUCUUAUCCCAUUGUCGUCGUCAUCAUCAUCAUCAUCUUGUUCCUCACCACAGCUUUUGCUUUCAUUCUAAGCAUCCCUAGCUGCUUGAUUGUUGCUGCCUCGGCAGCAUGGCCUGAGAAGAAUACUGAGCACUGCCCGAAGAUUCUGUCCAUCUGUCUUUCACCGUAGGCAGCAAAGUGUCUUGGUGUGCCCCUGAUUGUGGGUGUGUCGUCGUGGGAAAUCCACACACACACACACACACUUCCCCUUCACCAAUCUGGACCCAACUGAAUGAAGUUUCGAACACCAAAGAUUUCACUCACAUCUGCAGCCGCAGAUGCCGGCAUUGUCUGACAGUUGCAGCAGUGGCCCUUUCUUCAUCCUCGAGGAGAGCUGGGUUCUCCCCAACAGGACGCUCAAGGCUUCUGCUUCAUCCAGCAAUAAGGUCAUUCAGGACUCAAGGGCACGGCAGGCACCCCCUUACCAGGCAAGAGGGCAGUCCAUGUCAUGGGCAGUAGGGCAGUAGGGUUCUCCUACCCACAUUCGGCAGCUGCGUGUGCUCCUGUUUGCCAAUUGUGUGUCAGUUAAAAACAAGAUGGAAAGUGGGGAGCUGGAGCCAAGCUAGCAGAAUGCAGGACAUCAUGAGCACAAGCAUCACGUGCCAAUCCACAUGUGAGACUUUCAUGGAAUUGCUGCCUGUGCAGGAAAUCUCUCACGCUGGAGACAGUCUGAGGGCCAUUUGAAAUGUGACAUGGCAGCACUUCCAGGUCAGAGAUGUGCACAAACCAGUUCGUCGCCUCCUUUGGGAAGUGCCGAACCGGCUCGGGUGCCCACCGCUGAACCGGUCCCCUUGAAAAGCAGGUAAGCAGGUCCUUACCAGCUCAGCUCCCACCCCACCGCUUUUCCGGAUGUGGCACUCACUCUACCAACGGCCGUGUGCGGCUGCAGCGCUGUUCCCUGCAGCCUGCGUGCGGCCGCCAUUUCCAUGGCCAGCAACACCAUACGGGCCACGCAAACAGCCGCUGCACAUAUGCAGUGGCCAUGUGCGUGCCGAUGCCACACGCAAGCUGCAGGGAACAGCGCCACAGCCACACACAGCCUUUGGUAGAGCAUGCGCCACUCCUGGAAAAGCGGUGGGGGCGGCAGCAGAGCAGGUUAAGGACCUGCUCUUUAAGGGAGCUGCUCCCUGCCCCACCUGUGGCUGCAUGAGCCGUUUAUGCACAUCCCUAUUCCAGGUUUGCCAUCAAGUGUGUGUAUAACAGGGAUUUGCAGCUAAUCCUGGCUCCCUGGUAGGUGUCUAUGUACAACACACAUUUUUGCAGAUAGAUGUGUGUUGCCUUCAUGCUUUACAUGAAAACAUCAGAGGUGGACACCUAAAAACAACUUUAACUGGACAUACCCACUUGGGGCGUAUGGCUUAUGGCCUUCCUAAUGUGCAGAGAAGUGCAAGCAUAAAAGAACUAUUCCUCUGGACGCCACGCCAGUUACAAGCAUCUCAGAUGCUGCUUUUCACUGGUGCUAUAAAAGGAGGUGUGUUGUUCAAAACAAACUGGGUAUUUCUCUUCUGUAUAGACAUCUCUCCACAUGGUGAGGAGUACCACACAGGGAGGAAAUAAAUCCUUUAAAGCCCAGAGGAAGAUCCUCACAGAUUGUGAGCCUUGGGACAGAGAUCUUGAGUAUGAAUAAUCCUUCCAUUUGCCCUGACCUCUUUGGAAAGGGUUGCCUAUAAAUAAGUAAGCAGAGGUACUCUGAAAAGGCCUGGCCAUCAAAAGUGUCUAAUCUUGUUGUUGUCAAGUUUGCCUCCUUAGAGAUGACUGUGAUAAAAAGCGUAAUUAAAAAUUGACAGAACUGGGUCUGAACUGGUGAAGACAAACAGGGAAAGUGUUCUUGGGGUUGUGGUGGAUAGCUCAAGGAAAACAUCAAGGUGGUGUGUGAAAGUGGUGAAAAAGGCAAAGGUCACGGUAAGGAUUAUUAGGAAACGCAUUUAAAAUAAAACGACCACUAUCUUGA